AUGGCGAUUGCUUUGGCUGAGGCGGACAAGUAUGAGAUCUUGGAAAAGAUCGGAUGCGGUUCCUUCGGGAUCAUUCGCAAGGUGAAGCGGAAGACAGAUGGAUUCAUUCUCUGCCGCAAAGAGAUCAACUACAUCAAAAUGUCCCAAAAAGAGCGAGAGCAACUCACCGCUGAGUUCAACAUCUUAAGCUCCCUCCGACACCCGAACAUCGUCGCUUACUACCAUCGCGAACACCUCAAGGCCAGCCAGGAUCUGUAUCUGUACAUGGAAUACUGCGGUGGUGGAGAUCUGAGCAUGGUCAUCAAGAACCUUAAGAAGGUCAAUAAAUAUGCGGAGGAGGAGUUCGUUUGGCGCAUCCUAUCUCAACUCGUGACCGCCCUUUUCCGCUGCCAUUAUGGCCACGAUCCCGCUGAGGUUGGAUCCAAUAUUCUGGGACAGCAGGCCAAGGCAUCCGGUCUCAAGGGAAAGCAAGGACAGGUCACUAUUCUCCACCGAGACCUGAAGCCGGAGAACAUCUUCCUUGGAAGCGACAACACUGUCAAGCUGGGUGACUUUGGUCUUUCCAAGCAGAUGCAGUCCCACGACUUUGCCUCCACAUAUGUCGGUACCCCCUUCUACAUGUCCCCAGAGAUCUGUGCCGCCGAAAAAUACACUCUUCGCUCAGACAUUUGGGCCGUUGGAUGUAUCAUGUAUGAGCUUUGCGCCAAAGAGCCCCCUUUCAACGCUCGAACACACAUCCAGCUGGUCCAGAAGAUCCGCGAGGGCAAAUUCAACGCUCUCCCUGAUUGCUACUCCCCGGAGUUGAAGAAUGUAAUUGGGAGCUGCUUGCGAGUCAACCCCGAUCACCGCCCUGACACUGCCGCGCUAAUCAACCUCCCUAUCAUCCGUCUCAUGCGAAAGGAGAAGGAGGUUGUAGAUCUUGGUAAGAUUCUCCGACGCCGCGAAGAGGUUGCCGUUCAGAAGGUUCGCGAGAUCGAGCAAACUCUGGCCAAAGCGGAGAAGGAAAAACAACAAUUGAAGACCGAGAUCGAAAGCACCGUUCGAAGAGAGUGGGAGGUGAAGGCGCGGUUGGAGAUUGACCGACAGGUGCAAAAUGAAUUGGAUCGACUUCGCAAGCGAUUCGAGAGUGAGGUCCAGGAGCGAGUCUCCAUCGAAGUCGAAAAAGAGAAACAGAAGCAGAAGAGCAAUAGCAACUCUCGCGAGGAAGCCUUCCGUGCAAGCCUCCGUCGUUCAGGCCCUCGAACAUCAUCUCGAGCCAGCGGCCAAACCUCACGCUCUUCAACUACUGAUGAUGCCGGUACCCCUCCCAGCACCGAUAUCAGCCAGCUUUCGUUAGAAUCUCCCACAUCCAACACUAUGAAGCAAAAGCGAGAGACUCGCACUCCUCUCUGCCGCUCAAAAACAACCGUGGUGGACUCUCCGCAGGAUGUUCAGAUGGCCGAGCCUUCUCCUAUCUCCAUCGCUUCCCUUUCUUUGUCGCCACGGCGUACGUCUGCGACUGCAGGUUCUCGAAACAUCUUCGCGGAAGCUGAGCGCCAAAAGGCGAAAUGGGAGCCAACCCUAGCCUACUCAGAUGACGAAGACGACACACCAGACCUCCCAUCACCCACCCGCCCCAAGGUCAAGCCUGAUCCCUUCAAGGCUCACCCCCGACAGCUCCUCCGCCAGAACACAGCGACCCUCGUGCAAAAACUCAACACUCAGCCACCCCUUUUCCCCUCGAACGGAUCUCGCCUGCCUCAAUCAACAUCCGUCUCCCCUACUCGCUCCGAAGACCGCAGCAGCAUGAAUGCCGGUUCUCCAACCCGUAAGACUGGUUCGAAGCAAUCUCCAUCCAAGCUCAACGCUGGUGGUGAUGAGAUGUACAAGGCUGUGAUGCAGCGCAACAUGGGUGGCCGUACCUUGGUCGAACUUGCCCAGGCCCGUGCUGGUGGCCGUUCGAUGGAUGAGGUUAAGCGAUGUGCUAGCGACUCCCGUGCGACCUCCAGCCUCAGAUGCUCUGAGCGCGAGCCUCCUGCGAUUUGGGACCCCGAGCGCGACGAGAUGCCGAGCCCGUUCCUGGCCCGAGGGAAGAAGAUCAUCCGCAAUCUGCGGUAA